UGGAUAGGAAUCGGAUUCCGGCACGCGGGCUCCUCCACCGCCGCCAUGGAUUCGCCUUCGCCGGAGGUGGUGGUCUUCGCAGUCAACGGCGAGCGCGUCGAGCUCCGCCGCGGCGGGGGCGGCGGCGCAGGAGAUGACCCCGGGGAGUCCCUCCUCGAGUUCCUCCGCUCCCGCACCCGCUUCACCGGCCCCAAGCUCGGCUGCGGCGAAGGUGGGUGCGGGGCGUGCGUGGUGCUGCUCUCGACGUACGACGCGGAGGCCGACGAGGUGACGCACGCGACGGUCAGCUCGUGCCUCACGCUGGUGCACGGCCUCCACCACCGCGCGGUGACCACCACCGAGGGGCUCGGGAGCAGCCGGAGCGGCCUCCACGCGGUGCACGAGCGGUUCGCGGGGUUCCACGCCUCGCAGUGCGGGUACUGCACGCCCGGCAUGUGCAUGUCCCUCGCCGGCGCCCUGGUGGACGCCGAGGGAACGGGGAAAAAGGCCGGCGCCGCCGCCGCGAGGCCGCCGCCGCCAGAGGGUUUCUCGAGGCUCACGGCGGCCGAGGCGGAGCGGGCGGUGGCCGGGAACCUGUGCCGCUGCACGGGGUACCGCCCGAUCGCCGACGCGUGCAAGAGCUUCGCCGCGGACGUGGAUUUGGAGGAUUUGGGGCUCAACUGCUUCUGGAAAAAGGGUGAUGCCAGCGUCUCCAAAUUGCCGCCUUACAAGGAGGGGAGCAUCGCCACGUUCCCGGAGUUCUUGAAGGAUGAGAUCAGAGCUUCAUUGAGGAUUGAUCGCUCUACACCAUCAGCAUCAGCAGGGAGCGUGAGUUCUUGGUAUCAACCUCGGAAUGUGGAGGAGUAUUACAAGCUGAUAGGCUCUUCUGUGCUGCCUGAGAAAAGUAGAACAAAGGUGGUUGUGGGCAACACUUCUUCUGGUGUUUACAGAGAGGCAGAGGUGUAUGAUAGGUACAUAGACUUGAGAGGUAUCCCAGAAUUGAAUUCAGUUAGCAAGGAUGCCAAGGGUGUUGACAUUGGUGCUGCGACAUCGAUUUCUCGGGUUAUUGAGAUUCUACGAGGAGAAGGCAACAUCUACACAGACGUGGUCUUUUGUAAGAUUGCUGAUCACAUGGAGAAGGUGGCUUCUCAGUUCGUCCGGAACAUGGCGAGCUUGGGUGGAAAUCUGAUAAUGGCUCAGAGGGAUGAGUUUGCCUCUGACAUUGCGACAGUUCUUCUUGGUGCUGGCUCGUCUGUGUGCAUACAGGUAUCGUCAGAAAGGAUGAACGUCACACUGGAGCAAUUCCUGGAUAUGCCCCCUUGUGAUUACAGGACACUGCUCUUAAGCAUUCACAUUCCCCAUUGCACUCCAAGUGGCAUCUCGUCAAGUUCUGAGUCUGUAAAUAAGGCAGGAGAUGAAUCAGCAAGCUCUCUGCUAUUUGAGACAUACCGAGCUGCCCCACGUCCUCAUGGAAAUGCUGUGUCAUACCUUAACUCUGCAUUCUUGGCAAAAUUAUCUUCAGAUGAAAUUUCAGAAAAUUAUAUAUCGCAGAAGCUAUGUUUGGUUUUUGGUGCUUAUGGAACCCAACAUGCUAUUAGGGCUACGAAUGUUGAGAAUCUCUUAGUUGGUAAACCCAUCACUACGUCACUCUUGCUAGAAGCAUGCACGGUUCUCAAGAAAACCAUUGUUCCGGUGGAAGGCACGAGACAUGCUGCUUAUAGGUCAAGCUUAGCAGUUGCCUUUCUUUUUAGUUUUCUUUAUCCAUUAACCAAAGGAACUUUCAAGCCUGUAGAGACAGCCCAUCUAAAUGGCCAAAUAAUUUCUAAUAGCAAUGGUAAUCUGAAUCAUGGACCCGAUACACAUGUUAAUGUUUCAUCUAAGGAGAUCAAUAAUGUGAAAUCUGAUUUACAUAGUAAUGAUCACAUACUUGAAUCAUGCAAACAAGUUGUUGAAAUCACUGAAUAUCUACCAGUUGGCCUGCCAGCCAAGAAAGUUGGAGCAGAACUGCAGGCCUCUGGUGAGGCUAUAUAUGUGGAUGACAUCCCUUCCCCAAAGGACUGCCUGCAUGGAGCAUUUGUAUAUAGCACAAAACCUUUAGCUCGUGUUAAGAGUAUAGAAUUGAGCCCUUCUGUCGAGCAGCUAAAAACUGUGGCAAUUGUUACUGCUAAGGAUAUUCCAAAAGGAGGCAGCAAUGUUGGGGCCAACACUAUAUUUGGACCUGAACCUUUGUUUGGUGAUCCAGUCACUCAGUGUGCUGGGGAACCACUUGGUAUUGUGGUUGCAGAGACACAGAAAUUUGCCAAUAUAGCUGCCAGUCGAGCAUUGGUCGAUUACAGCAUGGAAAGUUUAGAUCCUCCAAUUUUAUCAAUUGAGGAGGCUGUGAGAAGAAGUAGUUAUCUUGAAUCAUUUUUUCUUCCUCAAAAGAUCGGUGAUUUCUCAAAAGGGAUGGCAGAAGCUGACCAGAAAAUAUAUUCAGCUGAGGUGAACCUUCGCUCACAGUAUUACUUUUACAUGGAAACACAAACUGCUCUAGCCAUACCUGAGGAGGAUAACUGUAUGGUAGUGUAUAGCUCAAGCCAGUGCCCGGAGACAGCACAAGAAACUAUUGCAAAAUGCCUGGGUUUACCUUGUCAUAAUAUUCGUGUUAUUACUAGAAGAGUUGGUGGUGGAUUUGGAGGAAAAGCUGUCAGAUCGUUACCUGUGGCAACAGCUUGUGCACUUUCAGCAUUUAAGUUGCAGCGACCUGUCCGAAUAUAUCUUGAUCGCAAGACUGACAUGAUAAUGACUGGGGGGCGGCAUCCCAUGAAAAUAUGCUAUUCUGUAGGCUUCAAAUCAGAUGGAAAUAUCACAGCGCUACAUAUAGAAUUGCUGGUAAAUGCAGGAAUGACCAACGAUGUUAGCCCAAUGAUUCCUCACAAUUUCUUAGAGGCUCUGAAGAAAUAUAACUGGGGUGCUUUUUCCUAUGAUACAAGAGUCUGCAAAACAAACAUUUCAACCAGAUCUGCAAUGCGGGGUCCUGGAGAAGUGCAGGGUUCUUAUGUUGCUGAAGCUAUUAUUGAGCAUGUUGCUGCUGUGCUUUCUACUGAUGUUAAUGUGGUCAGGCAGAGAAAUCUUCACACGGUGGAGAGCCUCGCUUUGUACCACAGUGAGUGCAUGGAAGAUGCCUCGGGGUAUACCCUUCCUUCUAUCCUCAAUCAGUUGAUCACAUCAUCAAAUUACCAGCAUCAUCUUGAAAUGAUCCGGUCCUUCAACAAGAGCAACAGAUGGAAAAAGCGGGGUCUUUCUGUUGUGCCAAUAGUGCAUAAAUUCUUGUCUAAUCCAACUCCUGGUAAAGUUUCAAUUCUUAAUGAUGGAUCCAUUGCCGUUGAAGUUGGAGGCAUUGAGCUAGGCCAGGGGCUUUGGACAAAAGUGAAGCAGAUGGCAGCGUUCGGUCUUGGGCAGCUUUGGUCUGAUAGAAGUCAAGAACUGUUGGAGAGAGUAAGAAUUAUUCAAGCAGAUACGCUGAGUGUGAUACAGGGAGGGUGGACCACAGGGAGUACAACAUCAGAAUCUAGUUGUGAGGCCGUUCGUUGUGCCUGCAAUAUAUUGGUCGACAGGCUGAAACCACUCAAGGAACAAUUGCAAGAAAAUCAAGGAGCAGUUUCAUGGGAUGAACUAAUCUCACAGGCAAAAAUGGUGAGUGUGGACUUAUCAGCUAGAGCACUCUAUGUUCCUGGGGCUUCUGGUUGCUAUCUAACCUAUGGAGCAGCUGCUAGUGAGGUAGAGAUUGAUCUUCUGACAGGAGCCACCACGAUUUUGCGUAGUGAUCUUAUUUACGAUUGUGGACAGAGCUUAAAUCCUGCUGUUGACUUGGGGCAGGUUGAAGGGGCCUUUGUUCAGGGAAUUGGGUAUUUCAUGAACGAGGAGUAUGUGACGAAUUCCGAUGGGCUGGUUGUCUCGGAUGGGACCUGGACAUACAAGAUUCCUACUGUGGACACCAUCCCGAAACAGUUCAACGUUAAGCUACUCUCCAGUGGAUUCCAAAAGAAACGUGUGCUCUCUUCAAAAGCUUCUGGGGAGCCGCCUUUGCUGCUUGCUGCCUCGGUGCAUUGUGCAACAAGGGAAGCAAUUAGAGCAGCAAGAGAGGAGUACCACUGUUCCAGGCCUGGAUCUUCACCUCCCUUUUUUGAUCUUCAAGUUCCUGCCAUCAUGCCCACGGUGAAGGAGCUGUGCGGCUUAGACAAUGUGGAGAAGUAUUUGGAGGGCCUUUGCUCGAAAUAAACCGCCAGUUUGGCGAUCUUACCAGUCAGCACCUUUUUGGUUAUCAACCAGUCCUUUAGCACAGGAGGUAACACUGCCUG